UUGCUUUUAUGCAAAGAAUUCGCAGCGGAGUUCACUUUUCGCUUACUGUAGAAGCAACGUCACAUUCCAGAUUAUUUCUGAUAGAAAGAGGAAGAGUAAGUAGCAGAGAAAAGGAUACAAACAAACAGGCAGGUCAGGCAGCAUCCAAGGAGCAGAAGAAUCGACGUUUCGGGCAUGAGUCCUUCUUCAGGAAUGAGGAAAGUGUGCCCAGCAGGCUAAGAUAAAAGGUGAAAAUGACAAAGCGAGUUGCCAUUAUUGGGGGUGGUUCGAGUGGCCUAGCCUGUAUAAAGUGCUGCCUGGAUGAAGACUUGGAGCCUGUCUGCUUUGAGAGAGGCAAUGACAUUGGAGGACUUUGGAACUUUCAGGAAAAUGUCACUGAUGGUAGGGCCAGCAUUUAUAAAUCAUUGAUCAUUAAUACCUCCAAGGAGAUGAUGUGCUUCAGCGACUUUCCAAUUCCUGAUGAUUACCCAAACUACAUGCAUAACAGUCGGAUUCUGGAGUACUUCCACCUUUACGCCAAGCAUUUCAAUCUGUUGAAGUACAUACGUUUCAAGACCCUGGUGUGUAGCAUACGUAAACGAGACGAUUUCUCCUCCACGGGGCAAUGGGAUAUUGUGACAAGAGAUGCAGAGGAUAACUUGGAAUCGACUAUUUUCGAUGGCAUUAUGGUCUGUACUGGUCAUCAUGUCAAUGCCCAUUUGCCUCUGGAUUCUUUUCCUGGCAUAGAAAAGUUCACAGGUCAAUACAUGCACAGCAAGGAUUAUAAAGGUCCAAUAAUAUUUGAAGGAAAGAAAGUGGUAGUAAUUGGAAUUGGAAACUCUGGAGGUGACCUUGCAGUUGAAAUCAGCCGACAUGCUAAGCAGGUAUUCCUCAGUACGAGACGAGGUGCCUGGGUGCUGAACCGUGUGGCUAACAAAGGGUUUCCUGGUGACAUGCUGUUUAACAGUCGCAUUAUUACCUGUAUUCCGAAAUCUGUUUCAAGCUGGAUUGGUGAAAGGAGCGUGAACAACCGAUUCAAUCAUGCAAACUAUGGUCUGCAGCCUAGCCACAGGAUUUUUAGCCAACAUCCGACGGUCAAUGACGAUUUACCAAAUCGCAUUAUAGCAGGAGCUGUACUUGUGAAAUCUAAUGUGAAGCGAUUUACUGAAACUGCAGCCAUCUUUGAGGAUGGUACAAUGGAAGACAUUGAUGCUGUUAUUUUUGCAACGGGAUACAACAUCUCUUUCCCAUUUCUGGAUGAGUCUGUCGUUAAUAUCAACAAAAAUCACGUUUCUCUAUACAAAUACGUCUUUCCACCUCAACUGGAGCAGCCAACUCUGGCCAUUAUUGGUCUUGUCCAGCCAUUAGGAGCCAUUAUGCCAAUAUCUGAACUUCAAGCACGUUGGGUCACAAGGGUCUUUAAAGGUUUGGCUAAACUGCCUUCGGUCGACAUCAUGAUGGCAGAUAUAACAGAGAAGAAAAAAAAAAUGGCCGAAAGGUAUGUCAACUCCCAAAGGCACACUAUUCAAGUUGAUUACAUACCCUACAUGGAUGAAUUGGCAAUGCAGAUUGGUGUGAAACCCAACCUGAAGGAGCUGUUCUUCACAGAUCCACAGCUGGCAUUUAAGGUCCUCUUUGGCCCCUGCUCACCGUACCAGUUUCGACUGACUGGGCCCGGAAAAUGGGCGAAAGCUCGGGAAACCAUUCUCACACAGUGGGAGCGCACCAUCAAACCAACUAAAACACGUGCACCUGCGAUGAAUCAGCAAGAAACAUCUCUACCGAUGCUGCUGAAAGUCAUGGCUCUGCUAGUCGCCAUUUGUGCUCUCUGUUUGCUUCUGUAAUUGGCGGGGAGGCUUUCCUGAGGAGCUUCUUCCAGCCUUUUUGCCUGCCAUAUAGUGAUGGAUUUUGAUUCUCUUUCACAUGAUGUAUGAUUGAUUCAUUAAAUUUUACAGCAUGGAAAUAGGCCCUCACGCCUAUCUUGUCUGUGCAAGUCUUCGUGCUCUUAUCUACUCUAAUGCCAUUUCCAGCACUUGGCCCUUAGCCUUGAACACGGUGGCACUUAAAGUGAUCAUUUAAUUACUUCUUAAAUGUUGUGAUGUUUCCCAGCUCUGCCACCCUUUCAGGCAGUGAGGUCCAAAUACCUAUCACAUUCUGGAUGAAAAGAAAUCUUAAGUCUCUCCGUUAUACCCUUUACUUUAAAUCUGUGCCCCCAGGUUAUUGUUUUCUUGAAGGGGAAAUGAUUCCUCCUCACUGUCUACACCAUUCAAGUGAGCACACUUCAGACAGGUCCUCCCGCUUCUGCCUUGUCUGCUCUAGGGAAAAUUAUUCCAGCCCAUCACAGCAGAAAUGCUCCAGCCUAAGAAACAUCCUGGUGAAUCUCCUCUGUACCCUUUUGCGUGCAAUCACAUUCUUCCUAUAGUGUGGCAACCACAAUUACACGCAGUACUCCAGGAGAGUUGAUGUUUCGGGCAUAAGUAAUGUCUUGUACAGUUUCAUCAUAAUUUUCUGUGAAUUUCAGUGUUGUGACUAAAAGGCAAAUAUCCCAUAUGUCCUCUUAACCAACUUAUCCUUUGCCUGUUAGUCCUCCCAAAAAUGUAGUAUCUCAUACAUUGCAAGAUUAAAUUCCUUUUGCCAUCUGACCAGCACACACCUCCCCCUCACCUCCGUCCAAGGCUCUAAAGGAUUACUUUAAAUAUGCAAAUCCUCCCACCUCAUAUACUGCUUCCGUUGCUCUCAAUGUGGUCUCUUUAUGUCAGGGAGACCGAGCACCAACUUAGCGUUUCAGGGAAUAUCUCUGGUCUGCAUGCACCAAACAACUCCACCACCCUGUGGCUCACCACUUCAACUCCCCCUUACACUCCUGUAACAAUGUGCAAAUCCUGGGCCUCCUUCACUGCCAAAUCAAUGCCAUCUGCCAACUGGAGGAAGAACACCUCAUCUUCCACCACAGGGACCCUACAACCACACGGUAUCAACAUUGACUUCACCAGUUUCCAAAUCAUCUCAGAUCCAACUCUCUGAAUCAGCACCACCCUCUUCACGUGUGCUACCUGUCCAUCUUCCUUCACACUUAUCCGCUGCACCCUCCCCACUAACCUAUCACAGUCACCUCCCACCUGUAUCUACCUAUUACCAUCCCAGUUACCUUCCCCCCCCCCCCCCCCACCUCACCCCACCUCCCCACCCUCUCCUAUUUAUCUCUCAGCCCCCUUCACCCUCCAUAUUCCUGAUGAAGGGCUUAUGCCCGAAACAUCAAGUCCUGCUCCUCAGAUGCUGCUGACCUGCUGUGCUUUUCCAGCGCCACACCUUUUAACUCUGACUCUCCAGCAUCUGCAGUCCUCACUUUCUACAAUAUUAUCCUGCAGUCAAAUACUUUACCACACCAUCAGUUUCCAUGUCACCUGCAAACUUACAGAUCAACCCUUCUACGUUUAUGCCUAAAUAAUUAAUGUACACUAUAAGUAGCAAAGGACCUCCCUUUGAACCCUGUGGUACAGCACUGGGCACAGGAUUCUAUUCCCCCCACCCCAGCCUCCUGUCAUUAAGUCAGUUUUGGAUCCAAUUUGCCAAAUUGCUCUGGAUCCCACGGGCUGUUAUCUUCUUGACCAGUCUCCCAUGCAUGACCUCCUCAAAGGCCUUACUGAAGUCCUUGUAGACAAGCAUCCACUUUUGAUUUCUAUGGAAUUUAUUCCUCAAGACUUAAUACCUUGAACGAAUCAAAUCCUGUCUACAGCUGGUUCAGUUGAAAUGUUGGACUUAAGGAUCGUUUUGCCAAAAAGCAGCCUGCUGACGUUGGGUGCUUUAAUGAACAAUAUGUGCCACACUGUGAGAAUUAGAUUUUUCUGUUGUGACGUUUAUCAGUCCAGACUGAUGAGGAUAACCACUUAGCUGAUUCUGGGGUGCUUGUGAAUUUGCAUUCCAUCCCUUACUUGCAUUUUCAGACAUGGAAAGGAAGGAAAAGCACAUUUUUUGUUUUAUAUGGGGAUGUUGAUGACCUAAUGGUAUUAUCGCUGGACUAUUAAUACAGAGAGCUCAGCUAAUGUUCUGGAGAGCCAGCUUCAAAUCCUGCCAUGGCAGAUGGUGGAACUUGAAUUCAAUAAAUAUCUGGAAUUAAGAAUCUAAUGAUUACUAUAAAUCAAUUGUCAGAAAAACCUGUCUGGUUCGCUAAUGUCCUUUAGGGAAGGAAAUCCGCCAUCCUUACCUGGUCUGGCCUACUUGUGAGCCCAGACCCAGAGCAAUGUGGUUGACUCUGGGCAAUUAGGGAUAGGCAAUAAAUGCUGACUAGGCAGCAAUGCCCUCAUCCUGUGAAUGAAUUUUUAAAAAACACAUACAAUUUGAUAAGUAUUUACAACAUAUUUCUUCAGAGUCAUUAAACUUAAUUCCAGGAGCUGAACUAAAUCAUGUAUCCCACAGAACCUCAAAUUAGUUCCAUUGAUCGCACCCACAACCCUGCUGAAAGAGUUGCCCCAGUAAAACGCCAAGGGAGAUCCACUUCCCAUUUCUGAUCAUUUAGGUGGAUUUGAAGAAGAAUAGUUCUCCGGCUUUCCUGACCACCAUUCUUCCCUCGACUAAACACUCAAAAACCUAUAUUUUUGUUAAAUUCUGAUCAUCCACCUUGGUCCUGUUUGUGGGAUCUUGCUAUGUGCAGUUUGGCUUGCUGCUCAUUUUAUGUGAAAUACUGGGACAAUUUGGGAAGACUUUUAGCUGGUGGAUGCUACAUUAUGCAAUUACCUAAUGCCUGCAGCUCUUUUGAUUUUAUUUUGAAGUAAAUCUAAGUGUUUGGAAUGCAAUUGACAUUUUCCUCUGUGUAGUUAUGAUACACCUUGGUUGUUAUAAAUAAUAGUUAUUAGCUUCUCUGAUUUCACUGCGGGUUUGACUGAUGGUCGAUCCAUUGAAAUCUAUCGUUGUGAGAUGACUGUGCAGUUUACCUGGAACAUGAUGCAGCAAAUUAUUAGUCAUAGGCAUGGAAGUAACAGAUUUUCAGGCAAACUGUAACUGCCGUCUUAUGUGAAUUAAAUUCUGGUUUGAUCACAAAUUCUGUGUCCCAGAAGCUCAGCUUCAGUCUGUAAAACACCAGCAAAAGUGAGAAAUUAAAUCAGUUACACCA